AGUCUCCGGCGCACACGCCUCCUACCAAAAUCACAGCCCCGUGGAGCCGGGGCUCUCAUUCACAGCUUUCUAGAGAAAUCUGAGCCCGAACCUGCCAGAAUAGGGGAUCUCACCCACUCAGCUCAGCAGCGAGGACACCUGCAGAAACACAUUCCUAAAGCAAGGCUGAGCGGCUGUGUGAAGUAAGAAAUGGUCUCGUUUUUGCCUCCUUUCUGGAUGGCCACCACCACAUAGGACCUGAAUGUCCUACUGCUUUCUAAGAACAGAAAGAAGGCCUUCGAUUUGUCUGUUUCAGUGGCAGCUUGGUAGCAGAAAAACUGUUGAAUGGGCCCCGAUUUCAGCAGACCAUCGGGUGAAUGGGACCAGUCUCCCUUCUUCCAAAAUAUCAGCAAUUAAGCACUUGGAAAGGAGAUUUGGCCAAGAUGACCCAUUUACAGGCCGGACUCAGUCCAGAGACUAUAGAGAAAGCUCGCCUGGAACUGAAUGAAAACCCAGAUGUUUUACAUCAGGAUAUCCAGCAAGUCAGGGACAUGAUCAUCACCAGGCCUGACAUUGGAUUUUUGCGUACAGAUGAUGCCUUCAUCCUGAGAUUUCUCCGAGCCAGGAAGUUUCACCAAGCAGAUGCCUUUAGACUCCUGGCCCAGUACUUUCAGUACCGCCAGCUACACCUGGACAUGUUCAAAAACUUCAAGGCUGAUGAUCCUGGCAUUAAGAGGGCUCUCAUCGAUGGGUUCCCCGGAGUGCUGGAAAGCCGAGAUCACUACGGCAGGAAGAUUCUUCUGCUGUUUGCGGCCAAUUGGGACCAGAGUAGGAACUCCUUCACAGACAUCCUCCGUGCCAUCCUGCUGUCCCUGGAAGUCCUUAUCGAAGAUCCAGAGCUGCAGAUAAAUGGCUUCAUUUUAAUCAUAGACUGGAGUAAUUUUUCCUUCAAACAAGCCUCCAAACUGACACCUUCAAUCCUCAAACUGGCUAUCGAAGGGCUGCAGGACAGCUUUCCUGCCCGCUUCGGAGGAGUCCAUUUCGUCAACCAGCCCUGGUACAUUCAUGCCCUGUACACGCUCAUCAAGCCAUUCCUUAAAGACAAGACCAGGAAGAGGAUUUUCCUGCAUGGAAAUAAUCUAAACAGCCUUCACCAGCUAAUCCACCCUGAAUUUUUGCCCUCUGAAUUUGGAGGAACCCUUCCUCCUUAUGACAUGGGAACGUGGGCCCGGACGUUACUUGGUCCAGACUACAGUGAUGAAAAUGACUAUACUCACACUUCCUACAAUGCAAUGCAUGUGAAACACACAUCCUCCAAUCUGGAGAGAGAAUGUUCGCCCAAGCCGAUGAAGAGAUCUCAGUCUGUGGUAGAAGCUGGGACCCUGAAACAUGAAGAGAAGGGAGAGAACGAGAACACUCAGCCACUCCUGGCUCUGGACUGAACCCCGGCUCACCCGACGCUCCCGCAGAUCGCCAGCCUUCAGUGGUAUCAGCCACCCGGGAAGCACAGGCGCAACUGACCCACACAGACAUGUGCGUUCCGCUUGACAUGAGGCCCUCCACUCUGCCACCUAGUAAUGACUGUCACCAGCCAUCGGUCUGAGCAGCCAAAGUGAACAGACUUGAGAGAUCGUUUUUCUUUGUUGUUUUUCAGUGAGGGGAUUGGAGGUGAAGCAAGGCGGUAUUCCCCUUUAUUUACGGUAUUCCCCUUCUCCUUUAUUUACGGUAUUCAAUGAAUUGAAAAAGGAAAAACUAAAUUGAUGCACACACUCCAUUAGGACAAGGAUUUUUCUGAGGCACCGCAGAUACCCUUUCCAGUUUUUGUGAUUUAAGAUUAAGCGCACUUCCAAGUAGAUACACCAGAAUUAAGCUGUGCAGACACAAUUGUCAAGCUCAAUGUAAGUGCAAAGCCCCAAGACAGUAAUCUCUCCAGUGAUUUCCAUUCUUAUUGAAUUAUUUUCUUUGACCUCAUCACCAGCAUCGAAUUGUUCAGCCUAAGGGCAUGUUCUUGUAGGUCCGGCUAUUUGCAGAGUUUGCUUAUUUGGAUAUCCUGCAAGAGUGAUUUUGACGUCACAUCUUUUUUUCAGGCCACCAGCUGAUUACCAUGAUCUGACUUUAAAGGAAGACGCACACAACUUGAAAUAUGAUUGUUUCAUCUUAAUAAUGUGACUUGUCACAGGCAACAUGUAUCUGCGGGGGAGGGGGUGGGGGUCUCAUUGAAAACACAUGUCAGUGAUGAAUGAAUCCAUUCAAAUUGCCUCACUCGGGUCACUACAGCAAAGAAAAGUGCUACUGAAGCAUUUAGCGCCCCCCAUCCUCCUGCAACCAGUUCAAGGUGUGGAGAAGGGACCUGGCUGUUGCUGAGAGGGUACAUAUCAAUCAUGGAGGAAGACCCUUAAAGAUGGCUAAAUAUGCAAAUACUGAACAUAAGAGAUUAGGAUUGCGGGAUAAAAUGCCAAAGAUCAUUUUAUUUCUUUGUCUAUUCUCCUUAGAAAUGGAGUCCCGAACUAUCCAGUCAAAGGAAAUGAAAGUGAAUAGGAUACGAUAUCCUUACUUGGGCCAUGUUUCCCCAGAUGAGUUGUAUGUUUUUACAUAUAUUUUAUGCUCCCAGCCAUCUGCAUGACAUGGGCAUUUAUUAGUAUGACCAGUUGGUGCUCAAUGUCAAAUAAAAAAUAUUUGAGUUGAUAAUGGGCAGAAAAAUAUGAUUUUAUGUUUUAAGUGUUUGGGAGAACUAACUAAAAAAUUCAAAGACAGGAGGUGAUUCAGCUGGCCAUAAUCACCCUCCGUGGAUAUUACUAAUCAUAACCAUUUAUUACAUCUCUUUCUCAAUGAAUCUAGUAUUUUAGGUUUUUUUUUCUACUGGUAGAGGGGAAUAAGAAGUAAUUUUUGUAUUCCACCCUUGAAAUAAAAUUUAAAUAGAAUUGAAAAUAUUUCUCAACCAACUGUAUCACAGUACAAGUAAAACCAAUUCAUUUUAUGUAGACAUUUCAAAUAACAAAAUAGUAACACUGAAAAUCAUUCUACCAAUGCAGUGACCAAAAUGCUUUCCUUAUAUUCCAUGACAGAGGGAAGAAAGAUAAAGAAUUAAAGUGAAUUAGAAAAUCCAUUUUAUUACUUGUGUUUAUAAAAUAGUUGAGGGAUCCAAGUGUUUAAAACGGUAUCAGAGUCAAUUAUUGCCAACACUUUACAACAGUAAGGAUAACUCUGGGUUUUCAAUUGGCAACAUUUAGAACCUACUGUAGUGACCUGAUUUGAAAUACCAUAUUAUAAGUAUUAAGUCAAGAGCUAGUUUUUACUCUAGUCCGUGAUUUCAUUAAAUGAACGUAAGAUGAUGGUUUAACACUGACAACUCAUACUUUAAAUUUCUUUAUGUGUAUGCAGUAUACAUGUAAGAACCAAAUUCAGUAAGUGACAUGAAUAUUCUUACAGGAGCAUUGGAUUGUGUUGUCCUUUGUCAGUCAUUUCUUCCGUUCAAUAAAUACUGAAGGACACAACA